AUUCAUUUGAAAACAACAAAACCUGCAAUACAAAUAGCAAAUUAGAAUAGGUUUAAGGUGUAAAGGGUAUAACAUAAAAGCUGUGGCAGUCAGCCGGAAGUAAAAAUUUAAGUUCCUGCAGGUGUUCCCAUUUCUUUUUGGAUUUUGAUAUUCUUUCGGUAUGUAACUGUGAAGAUUCGAUGUCCCGAAAUUUUUGUUGUGUACGUUGUGGCAAAACGUUAUAAUCGUCGUUGAUAUUUGUUUUAUAAUAAAUUAUUCCAGAUGGAUCAUAUGCCAAGGUACGGAUCAUAUUAACAGUUGGCUCUCCGGAUUUUUUGCCUGUAUUGAAGAUACUGAGAUUUUUAUACAUAAUUUAUACAUGUGUGUUAAAUUUUACCUGGUCGAAUAGAUACGUAGCGCUUAGGAAUACUUUCGUAGUCAAGGAAAUACUUGUAAUCAACAUGAUGCACUUUUAGAGGAAAUGGGUUCUUUCGAGACUCUCUUAUCAACCAUUUUCACAAUUAGUACUCAUUUUAUUAAUUUUGUUUUAUUCCGGGAAUAAAGGCAGUAACACAAUAACACAAUUUGAUAAAGAAUGAAAGAUAAUGAAAACAACUCUAAUUACGGAUAACACAAUGUGUCACAUUGAAAUUGAAUCAAAGAGAAUGAAAAAAAGGGUAGUUACGGCUUUUUGGUUUAUGAAAUUGUUGAAGUUCUAACGGGUGAUUUUUUUGAGGUUAGGAUUUUCAUGCAUUAGUAUUUGACAGAUCACGUGGGAUUUCAGACAUGGUGUCAAAGAGAAAGAUGCUCAGUAUGCUUUGACAUUUCAUCAUGAAUAGACUUACUAACUAGCAACGCUUGCAAAUCAUUGAAUUUUAUUACCAAAAUCAGUGUUCGGUUCGAAAUGUGUUCGAUGAGAUGAGAUGAGAUGCGAUGAGGCUCAUUUCUGGUUGAAUGGCUACGUAAAUAAGCAAAAUUGCCGCAUUUGGGGUGAAGAGCAACCAGAAGCCGUUCAAGAACUGCCCAUGCAUCCCGAAAAAUGCACUGUUUGGUGUGGUUUGUACGCUGGUGGAAUCAUUGGACCGUAUUUUUUCAAAGAUGCUGUUGGACGCAACGUUACGGUGAAUGGCGAUCGCUAUCGUUCGAUGCUAACAAACUUUUUGUUGCCAAAAAUGGAAGAACUGAACUUGGUUGACAUGUGGUUUCAACAAGAUGGCGCUACAUGCCACACAGCUCGCGAUUCUAUGGCCAUUUUGAGGGAAAACUUCGGAGAACAAUUCAUCUCAAGAAAUGGACCCGUAAGUUGGCCACCAAGAUCAUGCGAUUUAACGCCUUUAGACUAUUUUUUGUGGGGCUACGUCAAGUCUAAAGUCUACAGAAAUAAGCCAGCAACUAUUCCAGCUUUGGAAGACAACAUUUCCGAAGAAAUUCGGGCUAUUCCGGCCGAAAUGCUCGAAAAAGUUGCCCAAAAUUGGACUUUCCGAAUGGACCACCUAAGACGCAGCCGCGGUCAACAUUUAAAUGAAAUUAUCUUCAAAAAGUAAAUGUCAUGAACCAAUCUAACGUUUCAAAUAAAGAACCGAUGAGAUUUUAUGCGUUUUUUUUUUUAAAAAAGUUAUCAAGCUCUUAAAAAAUCACCCUUU